AUGGCCUUCUCGUCGACGUACCGACCACGGCCGGUGACGGACAUCUUCACGACCGACACCGACAUCAACCGCCGCACAUGCACCCGCGGGGUACCCAUGAGAGUCCUCAUCCUCGGUCUCGGCCGCACCGGCACUGCUUCGAUGCGAUCGGCCCUCAAGCAGCUCGGCUACGUCGACACGUAUCACAUGAUGAGCUGCUCCAUAGAAAACCCCCCCGAUGCCCUCAUGUGGAUGGACGCGCUGUGCGCCAAGUACGACGGUCAGGGCACCCCCUUCACGCGCGCGGACUGGGAUCAGCUGCUCGGAAAUGCGCAAGCUGUUUGCGACUGGCCAAGCAUCGCCUUCGCCAAGGAGCUCAUCGAGGCUUACCCCGAGGCUAAGGUGGUUCUGACGAACCGAGACGUCCACAGCUGGCACGCCUCGACGAUGAGGACCGUCUACUGGCGCGUCACCGAUCCCGAGCUGCGCUGGCUCUCGCACUUUGACUGGGCCGCUGCCAUGUACUACCCGAUGCUCAAGAAAUUCUUCGACACCUUUUUCGAGGGCGACUUCCCCAACCGCGGCAAGGACGUCUUCCGCCGCCACUACGACGAGGUUCGCCGCCUCGUGCCCGAGGGGAAUUUGCUCGAGUACAAGGUGACGGACGGCUGGGGACCGCUGUGCGACUUUCUCGGCCAGCCCAUCCCCAAGGGAAUCCCAUUUCCAAACGUCAACGACAACUCGGACUUUGUUACGCGCUCGCGCCGGCGAAACCGCUGCCAGAUGUACAACGUUGUGCUACGGUACGCCAUGUGGCUGUUGAUGCUGGCCCUGGCCAUCGUCGCCCUGCGUCCGCUCAUGGCCCUCGUGUAA